AUGGCCGCGCGGCCGGGCCGCACCUGCGCCCCGCUACCUGUGCGUCCUCAUUCCCGCGCCCCCCACCUGCGCCCCCUCACCUGCGCGGCGGCGGCGGCGGCAGCGGCGGCGGCGGGCGGCGGACCCCCCCGCAGGCCGUCCUCGUCCUCGGGGGGCUCGUCCAGGAGCACCCGGCUCCGGCCCAGCUUCCACAUGCUCCGGGGCAGGCUCGGCGUCCGUGCGUCCGCGCGCGCCCUCCCUGGCCGGCCCGGCGCGGACGCUCGUCGGCGGCUCCUGCGGGACCCGGACGCGGCCAGUGGGGCCGGGCGGGGCCGGGCAAGGCCACCCCCCCACCACCAACCGGGUCCCCGCCCCCGACCGGACCCCCGCCCCACCAACCGGGUCCCCGCCCCCGGCCGGGCCCCCCCCACCAACCGGGUCCCCGCCCCCGGCCGGGCCCCACCGACCAACCAACCAGGUCCCCGCCCCCGGCCGGGCCCCCCCCACCAACCAACCGGGUCCCCGCCCCCGACCGCCCCCCCCCCCCCCACCAACCGGGUCCCCGCCCCCGGCCGGGCUCCACUGACCAACCAACCGGGUCGCCGCCCCCGGCCGCCCCCCCCCCCCCACCAACCAACCGGGUCCCCGCCCCCGACCGGCCCCCCCCCCCCCAACCGGGUCCCCGCCCCCGGCCGGGCUCCCCCCCCACCAACCAACCGGGUCCCCGCCCGCUGCCGGGCCCCCCCUACCAACCAACCGGGUCCCUGCCCCCGACCGGGCCGCCCCCCCACCAGCCGGGUCCCCGCCCCCAACCGGGGCCCCCCCACCAACCGGGUCCCGGCCCCCAACCGGGCCCACCGCACCAACCAACCGGUCCCCGCCCCCGACCGAGCUCUCGCCACCAACUGGGUCCCCGCCCCGACCGGGCCCCCCCCACCAACCAGGUCCCCGCCCCCGACCGGGCUCCCCCCACCAACUGGGUCCCCGCCCCCGACCGGGCACCCCCCACCAACCGGGUCCCCGCGCCGACCAGACCCCCCUCCACCAACCGGGCCCUCCCCAAACCCCCCCCACCACCAACCGGGUCCCCGCCCCAACCGGGCGGCCCCCUCCCCGACCAGACGCCCCCCACCAACUGGGUCCCCGCCCCCGACCGGGCCCCCUUCCGACCAGACACCCCCACCAACCGGGUCCCCGCCGCCGACCAGGCCCCCCCAACAAUCGGACCCCACCAACAACCGGGUCCCCGCCCCCGACCAGGCCCCCAACCCCAGACCCAAACAGGCCCACCUCCAGACCAGACCACCAUCCACCCCAGGCCUCACUGCCCCUCAUCGUCCCCCAACCCGAGGUCACCGCCCCCGGGACAGGCCCCGUCCCCGACCCCCUCCUCCCAGCGAGGUCACCGCCCCAUCCCGGCGAGACCCCUCCCCUCACACCACCUCCGACUCAGGAGGCUCUGACCUCUGGACCCACAAACGCCGGUCACCUUACCCCGAGCCGACCUCUCUCACCGCGAGCCCCCACUCAUCUCAGACCGCCCCCGCUCACCCCUCACCCCGGCCGACCCCUCACCCUGAACCCCCACCCCGGGACCCCGGCACCCCUCACCACGGCCCCCCUCCCCCCGGGACCCCUUUACCCCCUGCCCUUCGUCACUCUGACCCCCUGACCCCGGGACCCCGGCCCCCCCUCACCCCGAGCCGACCUAUCUCACCGCGGGCCCCCCUACACCUGGCCCCACUCAUCUCGGACUGCCCCCGCUCACCCCUCACCCCUCAUCCUGACCCCCACCCCGGGACCACCUCAACCCUCACCCCUCACCCCAGAUGCCCCUCUCCCCGGAACCCUGGGACCCCCCUCACCCCGGGACCCCCCUCACCCAGGGUACCCGUCACCCCGGGACCCCUCACCCCAGUCCCCCUAACCCCGGUCCCCCCCUCACCCCGGCUCCGGUCUCCCCGGGACCCCUCACCCAGGGUACCCCUCACCCCCGUCCCACUAACCCCGGUCCCCCCUCGCCCCGGCUCGGGUCUCCCCGGCCGACCCCCACCCGGAGCUGACCCCUCACCCCUGGCAGUGGGCGCGGCCAUGUCCGCAGGGCGGCGGCGCGGGGGGCGGGGCGGCCUGCCUCCGGUCACCGUGGCAACCGCCGCCGGACGCGGAGCGGGCGCAACGCGCAUGCGCAAAGCCCUCUACCCGUGGGGCGGGGUGGUCGGGUUUCGGGUCGCGGUUCCCACCCGUCCCGGUACCGGCUCCAGAAAGGGGCGCGAGCACCGCCGCCCGCCUGCCCAGGGCUGGUGA